AUGCGCCUGCUGUCUGUAUCCCUUCUCGUUCCUCUGACGGCCGCCUACGACGUCGCGAAGACUCACGGAGUGAAGCCUGCCUUGACAAACCGCUAUGUUGCCUCGUCGUCUGACGCUUGGACUUGUCUCGAUGGAUCGAAGGAGAUCGCGUGGAAGGCCGUGAACGAUGACUAUUGUGAUUGCCCUGACGGUUCAGAUGAGCCUGGCACUGGUGCCUGUCCCAAUACUACCUUUUACUGCGAGAACGCCGGCCACAUCGGCGCCAGCAUACCUAGUUCGCAUGUUCGCGACGGCCUGUGCGAGACUGACUGCUGCGACGGCUCUGAUGAACGUCCUGGCGUUUGUCCUAAUCAGUGUAAGGAAAUCGGCGAGGCGUACAGGGCUAAGGUCGACGCCGAGCGCAAGUUGCGCAAGACGGGCUCUAAAAUCAGGUCGUCGUACAUAUCCUUUGCGCAGAAGGAGAAGAAGCGCCUGGAGGAGGUUCUCGCCACUGCUACGAAGGAGAUGGAGAAGCUUGAGAAGGAGGUCAAGCGUCUGAAGAGUACACUCGAUCAGGCUGAGGCCGUAUCCGCGGAGGCUCUCGAGCUGAAGAAGCAGUCGCCUUUGUAUCAGUCUCUCAUAGAACAUGCCAAUGCUCUCAAGUCUCUCCAACGCGAGCACGAGAAGCAUCUCGAGCGAGAGCAGGCUCUCGGCGACAUCCUCGACUCUCUGCGCCGCGGUUACAACCCCAACUAUCAGGACAUGGCCGUGCUCGAAGCCGUACGCGGCUGGGAACAGCUGGCCGGUCUUAAGCACAUCGGUCACGAAGACGAGGAGGAGGCUGCGUCCGAUGCUGAGCCGCCUGCGGCUGAAGAGGAGGAGCUUGAGGAGGGAAUGUGGUCGGCGCUGGAACUCGAAGAGAACUUGGGUGACUUGCUCGACACCGACUACGUCUCGUUGUUGCUCGAGCACGACAAGAAUGCCGCUCCCGCCGCACACUCACUUCUCCACGACGUCUCUGAAUACCUCCCUGACACCCUGCGCAAUACCGCCCUCGGCUGGCUCGGUGGUUCUUCCGAAUCAUCUGGUACCUCUUCUGCCGGCACCACUAAACUUCGCGAGACGCUCACGAAGGCGGAGAAGGAACUCGCCGACCGUAAGAAGGAGCACGAUAAUGCGAAGCAGGAUAUCGAUGAGCUCUUCGAUCCCAAGUUCUUCGGUAGCCAGGGCGAAUGGCGUCAACCGUCGAACAAGUGCCUCUCCAAGGACACCGGGGACUAUACGUACGAGGUUUGUCUGUUCGGCGAGGCUAAGCAGAAGCCGAACAAGGGCGGCCAGACCUUCAGCCUUGGCCAUUUCUCGGGUUGGAAUACGAAUGCGGAGGUCGGCUCGCCCGAAUACUACAGCCGACAAUCGUACACCCUCGGUACAAAGUGCUGGAACGGCCCGCAACGCAGUGUCAAGCUCGAGCUUUCGUGCGGCACGGAGAACACACUGCUCACUGUGCAGGAGUUGGAGAAGUGCGAGUAUCAGUUUACGGCUACUACACCGGCAUUAGAUUGUAUUUUAUUGUGA